AUGCAUUAUUAUGGGCCCCUUACGGUUGAGACGGCCAGUGCAGGUGGCAGUGCAACUGAAUCCAUUUGUCUUCUUGCCAAGUUGACGUACGUGGAAGCAACAUGCCCCCCGAACUGCAGUUCCUCAGCAAGGGAGAGCAGUAAUGAUGUUGCGUUCACGAUGUAUUUUAAGGCAGAGAUCAGUGAACUCCCCGAGAAAUUGAAGGGCAAAACCGUUACCCUCGACGGAAGUAGGAUAUAUCCACUUUGGAAGUCGGGGGUGUGUAACUUACCACAAAUUCAACACGCAGCUGGAGCGGUGCCUGGGCACCAAACUCCGGGGGGCCAACAACCACAAUCACAAGCAGCAAUAACGUCAUCUUCGGAGGGAACUCAGCAGGGCGGAAGUUCGCCAGGCAGCAGUGCAGGUACUGGAGUCUCCGCUCCUAAUGCUGCUGAGCAGUCGGGCAGUGCGGGACCCACAGGGAGUCAGGGAACAUUAACAUCACCGACUGGCGCUGUGGAUUCAUCAAAAGCCACAGGAGACAGCGGGGCGCAAGCACCCUCAGCCUCUGCACAGCCAUCCGGCACCUCCACUUCCAACACUCCCGCUGGCGGCGAUGGUGGAAGCGCCACUACAACCACGACCAGCAGCAGCCCCAGUGGUGGGAAACACACAAAAGGCAAUGCGGACGGCAGCGACACGCUCACUGUGUGGGUGCGUGGCACGCUGCUGCUGCUGCUGACGGCUGCUGUUGCCUGUGCUGCUGGGGAGUGA